AUGUCCAACUCCAGCACCGAAACCGAAGCCGACACCCCCCACAACAUCCCCCCUUACACGCCCAUGACCUCUCUGGGCCACGAACUCGGCGUACUCUUCGGUUUCCUCUCCGCUUGUUUCGUGGUCAUGGCUGUAUAUGUGUAUUUCUGGCGCGCAGCCGAACGCCGCGAAGACCAAGCCCAAAAACUCCGACGCGAAAUGCUCCUCAACCGAGGCAUCCACCACGGCCGAGGCGGCAUCCACGAGAAAAUGCUAAACCAGACUCUCACCACCCAACACCCGCCGCACCAACAGCAGAACACACCAUUACCCGGGGCUGAGAUCGGGGUGGUAGUGACGACGGGAAUGGGUACGGCGAUGGAAAUCGGGUCGCCGAGUCUAGGGCCCGCCAGGAUGGUGAAUAUUCAUAGGAAACCGGUGAAUAAUCAGGGGAAUAGUAAUGGGUAUGGAGGUGGGGAGGGGAAUGGGAAUGGGGUUAGGGAUGGAGCUGGGGUGGAGAUCGAUGCGGAUGCGGAUGCGGAUGCGGAUGUGGGGGUUGAGAUGGAUGUGUUGGGGUUUUUGGGACAUGGGCAUGGACACGGAUUUGGAUAUGGACAGGGGCAGAAUUCGCAGGGUUAUGGGGGACAGGGACAGGGACAGGGGCAGGGGUAUGGGUAUGGGCGUUGA